AUGGCAAACGAGAACCAUGAAGAGGAGGGAGAAUCGGCACCAUUGCCAAAGAAUAUCACGGUUACGAAUGAGAAUCUGGUCACAAAGCAUCCCUUAGUACACCGAGGGCUUGGAUUGACGGACAACUUUGGAGUGGAACUGGCCAUUGUGGUGGGAAGUGCGAUCUUCUUUCGUCGCCUUUGGAUAUUGCACGGCAUCCAUUUUAUUGUCCUUCGGAGAACGCUACGACUGGCAAUUGCUUGGAUUGAUUACUUUUUUGAAGCUGGAAUAUACGAAGAGAUCAAGCGAACUGCCGUGUACAUUUUCCGGUUUUACCUAAACCACACAGAAAAGGCCCUAUCCGGAGAUUCCAUGCGCCUUUUCUUUGCGGCAUCUUGGCUGCAGACUUACAAUGCAUGGGGAUACCAUAUCUGGUUCGCAAUUCUCAGGCGCCAAUACAAACACGUUAACAAAUUGGAACUGAAUGAACAGGAGGAUAAACUACAAACGACUGAAAUGUUGGUAGAAAAACGCAGGCAGCAACAAGGACAACAGAAGCCAUAA